UUGGUUUGCUUUUGCCUGUUUCUGGGGUCUGUGGCCGUCACUUUUCUCAAAUUUGUGUCGUUUAUGUAAAAAAAUUAUAUUGAUUAAACCAAAUUGAAAUGUUUUUAAGAAAUAUAAAUAGUAAUUAGUUGACACAGCAUUCUAUUUUUGUACAUUAUUGUACUGCGAGCGUUUUUAUGGAGAUGGUAUUUGCAUAGUUUUAUGAAAGAAUUGAAAAUGGAGAUGUCCAACAAUACUGACGCCGUCAACCUUGGCGUUGGCGAAGUAGAAGCCGAAAUUGGUGAAGAAUUGAAACAGUUAGAAGAAGGAAAGGAUUUCGAUACUCGAAGUGAGGUGUCAAGCUCAUCAUCAAGCGAUUCAAGUACACCAAGUAUAAGUUCAGUUAGUACGAAAUCAAAAGACAGGCGAGGAAACCGUAAACGAACCAAAUCUAAAAGCCAUUCCCCUAUUCAAAGUAAACGAAGAUGUAUUACAAGUUCCAAUAACAAAAUAAAAACUUACGAUUACAUGACUAAAUUGAACUACUUAUUCAGGGAUACACGGUUCUUCUUGAUAAAGUCGAACAAUGCCGAAAAUAUAACACUAUCAAAAGCAAAAGGGGUUUGGUCUACUUUACCCCAGAAUGAGGCAAAUUUAAAUCAAGCAUACAGAGAAUCCAGGAAUGUCUUAUUAAUAUUUUCAGUCAAAGAAAGUGGUAAGUUUGCAGGAUUCGCUCGAUUGGGUAGCGAAUCACGACGCGACGUUCCGCCAAUAUCCUGGGUUCUGCCGCCUGGUCUGUCAGCUAAAGUUUUAGAUGGUGUGUUUAAAGUAGAUUGGAUAUGUCGCAAAGAGUUACCUUUUAGUAGUACUUUGCAUUUAUACAAUCCAUGGAAUGAAGGAAAACCAGUCAAAAUUGGCAGAGAUGGCCAAGAGAUUGAACCUAAAGUUGCAGAAGAAUUAUGUAGACUGUUUCCAGAAGAUGAAGGCAUUGAAAUGACCCCCAUAUUAAGAAAAUCUAAAGAAUCAUCUAAAAAAGGAUAUUUGAAAAGUGGGGGCAGCUAUAGAACUUAUCGAGCUCCAUUAUCUUCCAGAGGUUCUAAUUUCAGAAACAGAUUGGGUACGUCGUCAAGAAACAGGAGAAAGAUUUUUAUGCCACCACGAAAUAGGUUAGGUGCUAAUUCUUAUAAAAGAAGAUCACCAUCCCCAUACAUGAGAGAUAGAAUCCCUGGGUGGUUCGGUAGAGGCCGGGAUGGUUACAGUAGCAGCGGAUCUGCUGCAGCAGAAGUUUAUGUGGCUGAGUACAUGCGUUCAAUGCAACAUCAACUCCCUCCAUUGCCAUAUGUGCCACCCCCUGGUUUCAGCGGUGCACUGUCGUCAUUUGAUGGGUUGCCGCCCCCGCCGCCUCCUCCACCGCCACGAUACUACGACAUGGCAGAUUAUCCUCGAUCAGUGCUAGUGUAUGAUAAAAGAUCAUAUGAACGUUCUGUUGAUGAGUUCUUGUGGCGUACUUCUGAUCGAUCUCGUGGGCGUAGUCGUGAACGUGAUUCACAUAGGUCAUAUCGAGACCGGCGAUAGAACUGUAUAUUUGACCACCGAUGUAUUAAGUAUCUGAUAAUAAAAAUUGUGUAUAAAACUGAACUUUUUUGAAUCUGAAGGAAUUAAAACAAAGUGCUGUGAUGGACCUUUAUGGAACAGUCAGUAUUGUGUAUUUUUUGGACAAUAUUGUCUAAGUGAAAUUGCAGUUCCCAGUUCAUUUAUCACACUGACCAUAGCAAUGACAUGGCUGCAAGUACUGCAUUGACUGCCGACUGAACUUCAUCCAUCACAUUGUGUGUUUUACACAGUGAUGGUGCUAUCUAUACAUUAGAACAUUUUGUGCAUCACUAUCUGGUUGUGUAAAAUAUCUGUGAUAUAUUUCCGCCUGUUUUAAAUUUUUAUACUUUAUAAAUUAUACACAAAAAUUUUACCAAAGACAAAAUAGACCCCAAAAUUACUUAAA